CUACCUGCCGGAUGCUCUGGGGCGCCACGAUUGGCUGCAGGCCGAUGGCUCGUGCGCCGAUUGGCUGCUUGGACUCGGUGGCCGAGCCCGAGUCCGCCCUCCGAACCUUCAAAUAAGUACGACCGCGGCAGGUCCCGGCAGACGCGAAACUGUGCUGCCGGCGUCUGGAGCUGUCUGGCGGAGCGCGGUGAGCGGGUCGCGCGGGCUCACAGCAGGAUCCACACGCAGCGCCCACCUGCUCAGCGCAGCCACUGCUGAGCCCCCUGCGGAGGUUCCGGGGCCGUCGGGCGCGCGUCUCACCUCCAGACAUGGGGUCAGUAGCGCUGGAGAUCCUCGGCUUGGUGCUGUGCCUGGUAGGCUGGGUGGGCCUGAUUCUGGCAUGCGGGCUGCCAAUGUGGCAGGUGACCGCUUUCCUGGAACACAACAUCGUGACGGCGCAGACCACCUGGAAGGGGCUGUGGAUGUCGUGCGUGGUGCAGAGCACCGGGCAUAUGCAAUGCAAGGUCUACGACUCGGUGCUGGCACUGAGCACCGAGGUGCAGGCGGCGCGGGCGCUCACGGUGAGCGCCGUACUGCUGGCGCUCGUAGCGCUCUUCCUGACCCUGGCGGGCGCUCAGUGCACCACCUGCGUGGCCCCGGGUCCCAUCAAGGCGCGCGUGGCUCUCACGGGUGGCGCGCUGUAUGCGCUCUGCGGGCUGCUGGCGCUCGUGCCGCUCUGCUGGUUCGCCAACAUCGUGGUCCGCGAAUUCUACGACCCAAACGUUCCAGUGUCGAACAAGUACGAACUGGGUGCCGCGCUGUACAUCGGCUGGGCAGCCUCAGCGCUGCUCAUGUGCGGCGGCGGCCUCGUGUGCUGUGGAGCCUGGGUCUGCACCGGUCGUCCCGACCUCAGCUUCCCUGUCAAGUACUCAGCGCCGCGGCGGCCCACGACCAGCGGCGACUACGACAAGAAAAACUAUGUCUGAGGGCGCUGGGACAGAGGAGCCCCUCGUGCCAGCCGCGCCCACAGGCUGGAGGACUGGCCAGGGAGCCCUGCAUGGAUGGAGGCCUCCGUUGUGCCGGGCCGCACCGCGUACUGGUUACACGGAACGCAUCCCAACAACGGGACCCUGCUCGGGCCCGCAGCCCGUCGUCUGACCGUCACUUGCUGGGCACUAGGCGGUGCCCUGCCCUGAACAGGCAACGCGCACUUGGGAGGACUUGCUCGGUUUCUUUUCUGUGGGAAGUGCUGGCUCCGACGAGGUUAGGGUGCGGGUUCCUUGGCUGUGUGGGCACUGGACUAAAGAUGCCACUUUUCUCCCUAUUCCUCAUGGUCUUGGACACCACUGUACUUUCCAGCAGUUUCUGCUGAUUCCAGAGGGACAGAGGUGCCUGAAGGUCGUGUACAGCUGGCCUUUACCCCAUCAGCAGGGCCUGAGCCCAGGGGUCCAAGAGACUUGGUUUGGGGCUGCCUCCCUCAACCCUGCAGCUCUCCAAGCGCACAAGAUCUGAGCGUGGGGCUGGGGCACUGCUCUCCUUCACAGUUUGGGGGAGGGUGAGAAUUUGUUUAGUAAAUGGUUUGAAUACUUUCC